UCCAUUAUAAUCAUAAAACAAUUACACUUAUCCGCUGUCGCAUCGACACUUUUAGAUAAGUUGGAGCCGCCUCGAAAGCACAUUGCAACAUUUUUUCCAAUUACACGCCAGAAGGAACACAGGAACACAAUGACGGAAUUUGUGCCGGUGCGUGGAUUUCAGGAGCUCCAGAACAUGCUGGAUGUGCACAAAAACAGAACGAGCCCCAUCUACUUGUAUUUCUUUGGCGAGAAGGACAGCAAGGGCAAGAGCUGGUGUCCGGACUGUGUGGAGGCUGAGGAAGGCAUUAUGACGGCAUUCCGGCAAUACACAAAGGAUGCCCUUGUUGUAGUGGUGGAUGUGGGCAAUCGGGAUGCGUGGAAGGAUCGCUCUGACGCGAAUAAAUUCCGCAAACCGCCAUUCUCCGUCAACUCCAUACCCAGCGUGUUGCUUUGGAAGGGGCAACAGCGGCUGGAGGGUGAUCAGCUGCUCAAAAGCGGAUUGCUGAAGCUGUUCUUCGAGGAGACGGCGAACCCCAAGACUUAGCCAACAACAACAACAAAAAGAACACCCUA